AUGGGGACUAUUCAUGACUACAUGAAGGAGUUCACCACCCUCACUCUUGAGAUACCCGACCUCUCGGAUGAUGAUGCUUUUUUCUACUUCUUUGAUAGGCUAAAAGGGUGGGCCAAGACAAAGUUGAAGAGACGUGGAGUAAAAGACAUCGCAACGAAAAUCGCGAAAACCGAAGAAUUGGUCGAAUUUGGCCAAAGGGAACCUUCGAAAUCACGGGACCCUCGGAGGGCGAACUUUGAGAAGAACGGGGGAGAGAGAUCGAUGCAAUCAAGGAAUGCAGCUCCAAGAUCCGAUGCCCAAAGGGCCAAAAAUACUCGGAGGACCUCAUUCAAUAACAAAAGUGAUGCCCGCCCUACCAACAAGGUUGAUGAUGAAGCCAAGAGAUUAGGGAUCAACUAUGUAAAAGAGGGUGGCUCAAUCAAAGCUAUGAAUUCUGCCGCCAAACCAGUAGCGGGUGUAGCACAUGAGGUGGAAGAAAAAAUUGGAGAAUGGGAGGGAGUCAUCAACCUGUCCGUUGUGUCGAUGGAUGACUUUCAACUUGUGCUUGGCUGGAGUUCUUUGAUACGUCACUCUUUGGAGGAGCAUGUUUCCCAUGCGACUCAGGUAUUUCGAGUAUUACGAGGUAACCAACUUUAUGUGAAAGUAGAGAAAUGCUCAUUCGCACAACAAGAAGUGGAAUUUUUGGGUCACAAAGUCAAAGAUGGAGGAUUAAUGACGGACGAAGGGAAGUUCAAAUCCAUUCGAGAUUGGGAGGAACCAACCAAGGUAACCAAACUUCGAUCGUUCCUUGGUUUGGUUAAUUAUUAUCGGCACUUUAUCAAAGGAUACUCCAGUCGGGCGGCCCCCUUGACCGAUCUUUUAAAGAAAGACAAAACUUGGAGAUGGGAUUCACGUUGUCAAGAAGCGUUACAAGAAUUAAAAGAGACGGUGAUGCAAGAACCUGUGUAG